GCAGGGUGGUGCAGUCUGGCCUUCGCCGUCGUGUCUGCGUGGUCCAAAAGUGCUGGCGUCGCCUACAACGACUUCUUGCCUCCACUUACAGCCGUCCUGCCGCCGUUACCGUCGACGACGUCGCGGACAAUCGAUGCGUUUCGAACAUUGGGACCAACUAGUCUGUCCUCCACGUGACAUAGCCUGCAAAUCGUGCUUUUACGAUCGUGUUGCAAUACUGUCCUGUAUCGCUAGUUUAAUUUCGAUGCCGCGUAUCGUGCUAUCGUAAAUAGAAUUCAUUCGCGUAAAAAAAGUGAUCGAAAUUGAAAGAAGACGAGCGAUCAAUGACCUAUAAUCGAUCGUGUCAUUUUCUUCUUUCUCAAUCCGUGUCUCCGUUUUAUAGGGGUAGUUUGUAUCAGAGAGCUUGUUUACAAGCAUUGUGUUUAGUCAGUCAAGUUCUUUGGUGUUGCGAGUGUGGUCUGAGGGGGCGUUUACAUUUUCCAAUCAAGAGGAAUCUCUCCUGGCUUACGUGCAUCUCAACGGGAUGAGGAUGGAAUUCUACGAGCACACUUUGAAAGGCGGAAUUCUAUGGCACGGUUCAAGAGGACGGUAAUUGGGAGCCAAGACACGUGACUGAUUUCCAGAGAAUAGUGGUAUAGUUUGGUGGUGAAGUUCUCUCGAGGCUGAAAAGGCGAAGGAAGUGUUUCGACCCGUGACCUGCAGAUCAGGUGCUUUCGAUAGCGGUCCUUUGUGUAUGAAACGAGAGUUUCGAAGGAAGAAUCAGUGAAAAAGUGUAACAGUGUUGAUAGAGUUCGUUCGGAGUUCUAAAUGAGUAUCGAACUUUGGAAAAUACCUAUACAAUGACGUGUAUACUGCGUUAAAUAUUGUGUGCAAACUUUUCGAGGAUCGUAUAUAGAAGUUUAAUAUUUCUGUAAUAAUUCUCCCGGGGAAAUUUUAUAACGACUCGAAACUAAAUAAUUGUAGAUUAAUUCUACGGAAAAUUGUGUGGAAACUUUUGAAUAUAUUUUGCAAUAUUAACACGAGAUUUCAAGUGAAACUGAAUUCCAUAGCGAAAUAUGCAAGUCGUGGAGUACGAAUGUCGUGCGCUCGAAGAGAAACAAAAGUGACUGUCGAAAGAGUCGUGGAACUGUACGCAAACAUUCGUGUUCCGCCCAGUUUCACGGUAUUCGUUAGGUUUCUAUUGAAAGUAGAUAUAUAUUAAUUUUAAAGAAACACGUAUUUCUAAAGCGAAACAGUAUCUCUCAUUAAAUAUCUGCAUCUAUCUUUCUAAAGGAAAUAAUAAAGCAUCUAUCGUUAAAAUCAACGUUCAUAUGAAAACAAUGACUGAUAUGAGAAUUGGGAUGUAUAAUAACAAAACUUUGAAAUGAGAAACUCGGACAAGCUUCUAUAAGGAAAAUUUACUUUAGCAUGAAAAAUUAAGAAAUUUAGCAUACGAAUUAUUAAUUCUGUAACGAAACUUACAUUACACACGUGAGAAUUUAAAGGAAUAAUUAAAAGGUGAAUAGUACACCUUUUCCCAUUGAACCCAUUAACCACGAAUACGGAAAAAUAAUUCAAAAGCACACGUUACAUCAGGAGCGAAAAUGGUGUUAAACGAAUUAUCGCCGACCUUCAUAUGCGAAGCAACGCGGGACGCUACACGAAAUUUAAUAGAAACGUUUACAGUUGCUCCAUUUGGCAACAGCAUCCACAUACGCGGAGACACAAUACGAAAGGACUCGCAGGAUUUAGUCGGUCUUUGUACCCGUUAAUUCCAUUCGCUUCUGCUAGCUUUAACCCGAAUACCUCUGAUGUAUCUGAGAACGGCCGGAAGUACUAAGAGUCACUUAACCAAGUCACUCGAAGCAUGUCGUAAUGACUGUUCGACGUUUCUUCUAACAAAUUGUUCGUUCCAACGAGCGUGAAAGAAGUUCGAAGAAAAUAAUUGCAAAGACGAUUGGGCUUAACGAACAAAGCUAUAAUAAGCUGUAUCGGUCGAUCGGUUGGAAGAGCAAUCGCUUAAAGACACGCUCGCGAAACGUCUAGAAACGUCUGCAGCAACUCGAAGGCUUGAUCGAAAGAAGGAAAUUAUCGUGGGGUCACGGUAAUUGGAUCCCAUGAAUCAACUUGCUCGAUCGAGAUUCUUAUUGCUCAACUAACUAACUAGAAAUUUAAAAUCCUUGUCACACCUCGAAACUGUAUCAAAGGGUACCUUUAUCGCUAUUGAACGCCAGAUUGCACGAUAAGAAGAAACUGAUAAAGCAAACCAACGGUUUUUAUUACUCCCUGGACAAGAUUCGAGAAAUAGGAACGUCUAUUAUAUAUUUCUUUGCGUCGGUGAAUGUUUUGCUGUUUCGUAGAUAUGUCAGGAUCGUCUAAGAGACUCGAGUUGUCUGACCUAUUGAAACUAUGAAAUCAACAUUUUUAAUAGGAUGCUGAAUUUCGAAAUGCGACUAACAAGGCAAAAUUGAUAGAGCAAUGUUAAAAUUUGAAGCAAAUGAAUAUCCAAAUAUCUUUAUGAAAGCAAAGGAGACAUAACAAAUUUUUUGAAGCGAGUCGACAAAUAAAUGCAAUUUCGUAAUGAAACUCCAGAGAAACGGGUACUUACACUGUUUUAAAAGACGUUAGUCGAUAUAAGAGAGAUUCAACGAUAGAAUCUUGAAACUCUGAUACGCAAUCUAUGCACGAAUUAUCGUUUGGUGUCGCACAUCUCGCGUUAGACGCACGAUGAAUUCAAAUCACUACCAUCCCAAUGGGAAUUUCUAUCCGCGACUGGAUCAUGUUCACCACGAGGCGACCAAACGUCGUCAUCAGAGUCCCACGAGAAUUAUCCGCGUCGAAGAUUCAACCUCUUGACAUUAAUGCGAGGACAGGACGAUUUGGCCUGUGACAGGAUCACGAGCCGGUGUUUCGUACAGAUAAUAUAGUGCUCGAUCCUAGAUUUUGUUACUUGAUAAUCAUUGGCGAGAACCACGGAGCCGUCGACGAAGAUUGGUGACGAUCGAGCGGUAGCUCAACCGCUCUCACAGGUGGAUCGUGCGGAGAACGAGGAGGGCCAGGGAGGGGGUGGUCUGUCGACGUUUUCGGCGGGCUGCAGCGGUGCUUCCGGUUCGAGGAUGGGCCCAGGGCCCGACUCCGGUAGCAGUGCUCCCUCUUCUGUUCCCCACUCAUUGGCGACCUCGAGGGACGACGAAGACGACGAAGACGAAGAAAGCAGCGGGCGACGUUCCAAUGGCCACACAGGAACGCGGUUUUCGGAGCUGUACCGUCGAGGCACCUUCUCGAGCCACGGAGGGUCCUUGGAGAAGGAUGCCCCGGGACUGAGCGCAACCUCAACGACCUCGGAAUCCUUGGAGAGCAAUGGCCUCGAUACAGAGAUACCAGCUGCAGCCAGGAGACCCCGUAGUACAAGGGGCUCGCAAAAAUGGAGUAACGUACGCGCCGUCAUGGCGCUAUAUUCCUCCCUACGCAAGAUCAAGAGAACAAAGAGCAACCAACGGUGGAUGAAGCUGCGGACCACGGUGCAGCUCUCGUCAGCCAUCUCGACGAUCCAGAAGAAGCCACCGUUGAAACGCGAGGAUUCGUUUCUCAAGCGAUUCUCCACCAGACAGAUCCCGGAAAGUCAAGAGACGUUGGACACAGGAGAGGGAGAGGGCGACGCUGCCGACGACAAGGAUUCGAGUGGACGUCGUCGACGACGGCCACGGAGACCUCAGAAACCACCGAGGACCGUGGUCAAUCCGGACGAGAACUUUUAUUAUUACUGGCUGAUGCUACUAUCCGGCUGUGUUCUUUACAAUCUGUGGACAUUGAUUGUGAGACAAAGUCUACCGGAACUACAGGCUGUGUCGCCAGUCAUGUGGCUCGCAUGCGAUGGUUUCACGGAUCUUGUGUUCUUUUUGGAUGUGGCUGUGCAGUUUCGUACUGGUUACCUCGAGCAAGGAUUAAUGGUGUACAACAGCAAGAAACUGGCCGGUCAUUAUCUCAAGUCCAAGUCGUUCAUUUUGGACUUGCUAGCGUUGGUGCCGCUCGAUCUACUUCAGGUGAACCUGGGUAGUAAUCCGAUGCUCAGGUUUCCGAGGUUCCUCAAGAUCUACCGUGUGUACAAUUAUUACUAUAUGGUCGAGUCGCGGACAGUUUAUCCGAAUUUGUGGCGUGUGCUGAAUCUCAUACAUAUAUUGCUGAUACUGGCGCACUGGUUCGGCUGCUUUUACUACUUGCUCAGCGAAGCGGAAGGAUUCCAAGGUGACUGGGUGUACCCGUACAGGCCAGGGGAGUAUGCGACCCUGACCAGAAAAUAUCUUGGCUCGCUGUACUGGUCCACACUCACCCUCACCACGAUCGGCGACCUACCCACACCGGAAACCAACGCCGAAGUCGUAUCGGGCGGCAAUCCCCGGAGCCUCGCUCGUCGUGGCCGACUGUCCCGGCUUCUGCAGUUCAAGCAUAACGGAGGGUACGUCUUUACGAUAGUCAGCUACCUGAUCGGCGUCUUCAUAUUCGCAACGAUCGUCGGCCAGGUUGGAAACGUGAUUACCAAUCGAAACGCGAAUCGACUGGAGUUCGAGAGAUUGCUCGACGGCGCCAAGACAUAUAUGAGACAUCAUAAAGUGCCGGGCGGAAUGAAGAGACGAGUACUCAGGUGGUACGACUACAGCUGGUCGCGAGGAAGAAUACAAGGCGGCGGUGACAUCAACACCGCCCUUGGUCUACUUCCAGACAAACUGAAGACCGAGCUGGCGCUACAUGUGAAUCUCUCCGUAUUGAAGAAGGUUACCAUUUUUCAGGAGUGUCAACCCGAAUUUUUACACGAUCUAGUGCUGAAGAUGAAAGCCUAUAUAUUUACGCCUGGUGAUUCGAUAUGUCGAAAGGGAGAGGUAGCUAGAGAAAUGUUCAUAAUAGCCGACGGAAUUCUAGAAGUGAUUAGCGAAACGGGCAGAGUUUUAACAACCAUGAAAGCCGGAGAUUUCUUUGGAGAAAUUGGAAUUCUUAAUCUAGACGGAUUAAACAAACGCACAGCCGAUGUUCGUUCGGUAGGUUACUCAGAGCUAUUCAGCCUAUCCCGCGAGGACGUAUUAGCGGCGAUGAAAGACUAUCCAGACGCUCAAGAAAUCCUACAGAACCUCGGUAGGAAACGUUUGAUGGAGGCGCAGAAGGUGGCCAAAGUAUCUAGGCAACCAACGUCGCCUGGUCACGACUCGUCGGACAACAGCACGGGCAAAAGAAUAGUUGAUAAGCUGAAGAGCGACGUAAAGGGUCUAAAAAAUGCGCUAAGAAAGAGCAGACGAAAUACAAAACCCGAGGAAAGCUUGGAGCUGCAGCCAUUGACGCCAAAGGUGUCAACGCUGAAAAGGCAGCAGAAGAUCGACGAUACUCAAGACGCGUCCGCGUCGAGCGUCCAAGAACCACCUGUGUCGCCUUUGGGCGCCGGUUUACCUCUACUUGCCAGAUUAAGAUUAUUAAAAGAAAAAGAGGAACGCGAAGAACGUCGAAAUCUAAUGGAAACGCACGUACACGCGCCUGAACAACAACAACCACCGUUGGACGCACAGAACCCUAUGAACCCGAAUUUGCCGUUUCUUCAGAGAAUACUGCUCUUGAAGGCAAAGAACGAGCAAGAGGCCAAAGAGGCUGACAAAGAGGCACCCACUAAAGAGCCCUUGCUUCCAAAAAACGCUAUACCCGAGGAAUCACAAGAACAAUCGCCCAAACUGCUUCGUAAACCGGUACAGAAGCAGCCAUCGGUCCAAAGUACCAUAGAACCGAUCGUCAAAUCGCCGACUACUUCGAACGAAGAGAAUGCGAAUGGUUCGAACGCGAAGAAACCAUGGGCCAUGCUGAAGGACGCCUCGUUAACGAACAAAGAAAAUUCGCCGCAGAGGAGUCCGCCGACUAAGAGGCUAAGACAGACUUUAAUGCACCUAAGACAGCAGACUAAGAUGUACGCGUCCGUAGACGAUCUUUCACCGGAGUACUGCGGUCUGCCGUUUGUCAAGAAGCUAAAGAUACUUAACGAGAGACAGAAGUUGGCGGAACUCGAGAAAGCAGUCAGGAGCUCCAGUUUAGACUGCGGAGAAAACGCCGAGCUUGAGUUCGAUGGAAACUUGACGAGAAGCCACUCGGAGGCUUGCGCGAUCGAGUAUACCAGGAAAUUAGCGAAAUUGAAUCAGAAUCGAAUGUCAUCGAUGUCACCCACGGAUCAACUUUCACCGGAGAACGAGACGUUGGAAAGGCGGAACUUGAAGAGCAUACUGAAGAAGUUGUCGGCCGGCAGCAGAACCGGAAGCUCCGAGACCUCGGCAACGAGCACGCCGGAUCGCGAAGCGGCUACCGCCGAAUUAAGGAAAUUAAUGAGAGCACCGACGAUAGAAGGUUACGCGGCACGGCAUUCGAAACUCUCGAAAAGCGUGACAUUUAACAAAUACACGCUGCAGAGUCCACCGUCCGAGCAGACCCCGGCAAAUUAUCCGCUUGGGUCGCAGUUGUCCGACUCCCAAGAGCAGGCCUCACUGCCACCGCCCAAUAAACUCAAUUUCCGUCCUUUGGGCAGCGGAGGUAUCCUGCAAAUGGUAUCUCGGCCACGAGAAGAGGAAUACCUGGGGGAGAUAGUCACCGGCAUCAAAGAAGUUGUUAAGGCUCGUCUAGAGGACAUACAGACAAAGUUCGAACGGCAGUUUACUUCGUUGGAAUUAGAGAUCCGCAAGCGAGACGAGAUAAUAUCUCAACUUCAAGCAAGAAUACUAGAACUGGAACAAAGAGAUUCAAGAAACGGGGACGAGUCUUUGGGAGACAGCACGGAGCACGAUGCCUCGUUCGAGGAAGACUUGGACGACGAUCGUGAGGACCAUCCGUUCAUGAGAGACGGUUCAGUGGACACGGUCCUCACCACUCAGUCGCACUACAAGCGUUGCUCGCCAUGUAUAGAGUCUAGUUCUCAUAACCGAAGAUCCUGGGAAGAACACUCCGAGGAAGAAACAUUAGAGCUUCAAGAACUCCCUAGCUCGAUCGUGCCACAGUCUCUGUGGAAGGAUGAGGUGGCGAUCGAUCUAGAGUCCAACAGCGAGAGCAGCAGAUCCGAGGACGAAUUCGACGAUAGAUCCGGAAGAGGCGACAGCGAGAACGACGGCGAUGACGACGAGGAAGGUGAAGUGCGUGGAGAGGGACAUAAUAAUUGGGAGGCGGCUAUGCUAGCCCAAGAACUAGAGGCCAGGCGGAGAAGCAGCGAGGACGCGAAUCCGGGCUCCUAGCGCAUUAACGAAAUCCUAGAUGUAUUGUGUUAUCUCACCAGCACCUUGCACCCCAGGGGUUGGUGUAACGGCCCAGCAACUGCUGCAGGCAGCGCGGCCCUCUGCGAGAACGAUUGCCCUUACUUACAAUUAGAUUUCGAUAGAAUGACCAGUUGUAGGGAGACUAUGAUGUAAAACCCGAUGUGUAAGAAUCUAGGGGAUUGAUCGUUCCUUUCCUAUGAUCCUGGACUUUUGUCAUGUGGAGAUUCGUGGGCCAAUAUAUACGACCUUCGUGAGGGGAGCGUAUACACGUGUUUCUAAAACCUCCGCACGCGUAAAUUGCGUUCUAGUCGCAUUCCCUCUCCGUGCACAUCUAUCCAUACAUACCACACACGUACACAUGCAGAUACGCUAGUUCGAAGAAUUGUUCUCUAGGUUUAUUUCUCACAAACCUUCUACCUCUACUCGUUUGCCUUUGUUUGGUCAUUGAUCGAAGAUCGUGAUCCUCUUAUCCUUCGAGGGACCUUUCAUUUUAUUUGGCGAUAUCGAACGACGGCUUCGGUUAGAUAAUCAAAUUUUACGUCAAUCAUUUUGGUUGAAUAAAGGGAAUUGGUAUGGUUUCAAGAGAAAUAAAAUGGAAUUCGGAUAUACUUUUUCCUGUCUCUAGCGACUAACUAUACGAGAUCUUUUAUUCGAAAAUUAAAGUUUAUAGCGGUUUGAAAUUAUAUAUAGAUAUUCAUAUCUACUACGAAGACUUGACUUAAGAAUUACGAGACGAAUUUUACGUGUUACGUUACGAUUAAUACGAAAAUACAUAUAUUUACGAGUAGCUAGGCACUACACACGUGUGUUAACGAAAUUAUAUUCACGAUGUAUUACGUUAAACGUUGAUUAAAUCGUAAAAUAUCGCUCGAUUAGAAGUGAUAUUACAAGUGUCUGUAAAAAUUUUCCACCAAUUUGGAAUUAACGUUUCUCUUUAAAGAGCUGGAUGCCAGAGGGUUACGCAGUGCCCGAAAAUCAGUUCUAUGAAGCUAAAAGUUCCAAAACGAUCUCGCGGCUUUCUGAACCAUAUAACUUCACGAAAUAUCGCGCGUAUGGUACAAAUUACGAUUAAUUUACAUUAACUUCGCCUAAUUAUCUUAUCAUUACUCACGAAUUCAGUUCAUUUUUCUAAUCAUUUUUAAAUUUAUAACUUCCAGCAAUUGAUAUACCUACAUACUUCGGAAGAAAAGAGAAAGUGUUAAAACAGAGUGAAAUUUCGUUUCUGCGAAAAGACGUGCUGAUGGAUUUAAAGGAUAUCUUGAAGCAGCCUGUGAAGUGCAAUUACAUUGAUUAAUUUUUAAGAGUUGGACGUUAAUAUUUUCAAGUUUAUGGACAAUUCAGCCUCUCCUCGCUUUUCUGAUAGUCGUGACAACCUAAUUUCAACAGAAUUUCUCUUGUCCACGCGCAAAUUAUAAAUAGAUUACAAUUUCGACUCAAUUCAUUAACUUAUUUUAUCAUCUAAUAGGCAUAAUAAGUGAUUAAGUAUAGAUAUCCUCUUAACUGCAAAAAAUUCGUAGAAAUAAAUCGUGUCUUUUGAAAUAACGCGACUAAAACCUUUAAUUGUUAAAGUUAAAUUAACAGUGUACUUAACUAAUGAUACGCGAUUUUUCUUUAAAGUACAAGAAAUUUCAUUUUCCAUUUUCACAACGAUAUUUUUCUUUUCUAAGUUUUAAAGAAAAUUCUUGAUCUCCGUGUUAAAGAAUAAUAUUUUUAUUCAAUUAAAAAUUACGAAUUUUCGUUAAAUGUUUACUGUUAAUAGCUCGCAUAGAGUUGAAAGUUUACUUAUGUUAUAUAGUUGUUAUAUAGUUGCAUUGUAAAUAAUCACAGGUGCCUGAGAGGAUAUUAUACUUGAGAUAUAUAGAACUAUAAAACGUUAAGCACCUAUUUAAAUGUGUAAUGUGUACACCGGACGGACGAUACUCAAUUACAAACAAUAUCGCGUUGGUUUCUUUUUCAUCCCAUGGCGAAACAUCGUGCAGAAGAAGUUGAUCGAAGACGAAUUCACGCGAUACUCUUUCCAUUAUCUGCCUUAGCUAUUACGAACUAUAAUACAAACUUGUUACCGAUUGUCCGUGAAACACUGUGAAUGCUUCAUUUUUUUUUUGUUACAGAGCAAUACGUACCUCUAUAUCGUUUCACGAGAUACUUGUUAAAUAAGAAAUACUAAAAUAAAUUACGAAUCUGUUAUUACGAAAGAGAUAUAUCUAUAUGCAUACAUAAUGCAUACAAAUACGCGUACACAGAUAAACAUACACACACAUAUAUAUAUAUACAUAUACACAUAUUUAUAAGUGGACAAUUUUAAUUUCAUAUCUCAAGAUGCUAAUUAAGAAAUCUAUAAAUUUUCUAUAAAUAGAGGGUUUGCGUAAUUUUUCAUCAGCCCGACCCCCACCGCCACCCAGGAAAAUUGAACUUUUGCUUCCCGUUUUCCCUCAAGCCUCUGCCCAUUUAUGCGAUCAUUUUCAUCAUUUAAUGAGAAACGAUAUACCAUGGUCGGAAAAAAGGGAGAAAAUUAAAUAUUCAAUACUAAAACAUAACGAACGAAGAAAAAAAAUUUUGACAACACGUAUGCACAUAUACACGUACACACAGACAUACAUAGAUACAUAUAAUUUAAUUAAAAGAAAAAAGCGACAAAAGUUAAUGGGAAUUAUAUGAUGUAUACUGACCAGACCAAGCUCAAUAUUUCUAGAGUCUUUACAAGAUAAAUAAAUCUGUUAAGUGAGAAAUGACUAUUAAAUUAAGUAAGGAGAGGAAAUCUAUUAAGAAGAACUUGUAAAUACUAGCCUAUAAUUUAUUUAUCUAUGAAUGCGAGAGAAAGCGCGAAUGACGAGACACAUAUGUAGAAGAGAAAGAAGAAGAGAGGAUUAUAUUUAGUGUGUGUGAUAGAGAGAGAAAGUGUGAGAGAAAGAGCGGGAGAACACAAGUGAAGGAAGAGAGCAAAUGCGAGUGAAAAAGGAAAACGAAGAAUGCGUAAAACAAGAAGAGGUUAUGGCGAACUAUUACGGUGAAAAGCAUUUUAGAUGCUGAUAUGUACCUACUACGCGAAUGAAAAGAGUAUACAAUAAAGUAAACAAAUGUUUUCAAA